GCGAGCUAUCUGGUUUAAUUAACUUGGUGUCUAUCCUUAUUUUCUACUGACAAAGUUUGUUCCCGUUCCUAGUUUUGAACACGGGAAACAAUCAGAACUUGAGUUUCUGGACAGUUGUCAAGUGUUUGGAACUAUGGCCAAGCAGUCACCCAAGUUAGCUAUGGAAGAGCUGAAGGAACUUCUCAGAGGAAAUGAAGAAUUGAAGGAUGAGGCCACCGAAAAGAUCAAAAAGCUGAUAGCUGAGCUGGAGGGAAAACAUGAUGAUCUGCAUCCAAAUGAUCCUGCCGUUCAAAAGAUCAUAUCCGGCUUUUGCGACUUCAAAUUCAACACAUUCGACAAGAACCCAGACCUGUUCGACAAACUUGCUAAAAGCCAAAGCCCCAAGUUUCUGGUGUUUGCAUGCUCAGACUCGCGAGUGAGUCCGGAUCUCAUACUCAACUUCCAACCAGGAGAAGCUUUCAUGGUCCGCAACAUUGCUAACAUGGUCCCUCCUUAUCAGUUUAGGGACAACGGAGUUGGUGCAGCUAUAGAAUAUGGCAUCACAGUACUUGGGAUACCAAACAUUCUGGUGAUUGGGCACAGCAAGUGUGGGGGAAUCAAAAGGCUCAUGGAAUAUCCCGAGGAUGGCUCUCAUCCUUUUGAUUUCAUAGAUGAGUGGCUGAAAAUUGGCUUGGCGGCCAAGAACAAGGUGAAGAGCGAACAUGAUCCCACUACGCCUCCAGAAGACUUGUGCAAGUACUGUGAAAAGGAAUCGGUGAACAAGUCGUUGGAUAAUCUGAUGACAUAUCCCUACGUGAAGGGGAACACGUUGGCGUUGUUGGGAGGAUACUAUGACUUUGUGAAAGGACAGUUCAAGCUUUGGAAGUUCGAUUCUCGUCCCAAUACUGAGCCCAUUCUUAUUCCUGCAAUUUAAUCUAAUAUAAUGCAGCCCCAUGCCGAUCGAUCCAGCCAUUUCUCUCUUCAUGUAUUAAUUAAUUUACUGUUUUACUUCUACUUGUGUGCCUUUCGAGUGACUUUUAACGCUUUGUUCGUCUCCAAAUAAUGUUUUAAUGGGUGCUCUCUGUCCUUUGUAGUUUGUGCAUCCCCCUGAAAAAAUAUUGAAUAAAAUUGACCCACAUGGUUCUCUUGA